AUGACUACUGAGGAAAUUAUCGGUACUACUGCGGCUGCUGCUGUUGUCCACGUUCUGACUGAGGAUAUCCAUGUUGCUCCUUCUGGAUCACCCGAACAAACUAAUGGUAAGAACUCUGGAGAUUCAUAUGAAAUUUCUAAAAUUGAUGAAUCUGCGAGUAAUUUACAGCUCAGGAAAGAAAUCGGCUUAUGGCAUGAGAGUGAUUAUCUCUGCAAAAAUCACAUUUUGAACAGUAUUGCUGACGAUUUGUACGAUUACUAUAGUAAUUGUAAGACUGCUAGACAGGUAUGGGAAACUCUGCAAAAGAAAUAUGAUACUGAAGAAGCAGGUGCAAAGAAAUAUGUUGUCAGCCGCUAUUUGAACUAUAAGAUGGUGGAUGAAAGGUUUAUGGAAGCUCAAAGCCACGAAAUUCAAAUAAUUGCUCAUGAAAUCAUAACUGAAGAGAAAGCUAGGAGACAAGAUCAAAAAGAUGCAGUCUUAGUUGUUUCUAACAACAAUAAGAGAUUCAUUGUGGUUCUGAAGCCUACGGGCAAACCAUUAAAGAAUCAAAAUUGCAAUGUUGUGAACCGAAUUAAGAAUGGGAAUCCCUCAAGGGUCCCAUAUGCUCCGAAUGUUAGACAUCAACCACCACCUCAGAGAAAUGACGCUUUGAUCUUCACUUGCUUUAAUUGUGGAAAAUCGGGUCAUGUGGCUAAGAAAUGUAAGAGCCAGCCUAAACAUGUUGGCUCUAAUGCAUAUGUUAAUCUGACUGGUGAGCAAUUCAUUGCUAUGAUCACUGAAAUCAACAUGGUUGGUGGAAGUGAUGGUUGGUGGAUAGACAUCGGCGCCUCACGUCAUGUCUGUUAUGAUCGUGCUAUGUUUAAGACAUACACAAAUGUUGAAGAUAAAAAGUGA